AUGGAAAAGAGAAACAAAGCAUGGGUAGAUUUUUAUAAACAAGCCUCUUUGUUGAAGAAGUUUUUAAGAGGAAGAAUUGAAGAUUUGAGAUUAGAAACAAAGAUUCGUGAGAACUUGUAUAGGUUUUGUUUAUUGAGAAAAGAUUUUGUAUCAAAGUUUGACCAGGUUCCUAAACUGAACUACUACUGCUAUUUAUAUUAUUUUGGAUUGGAAAAUUAUAUGACUGGGAUCAGUCCUAAUGAAGUAUUAACAUCGAAAAAAAUGACAAAGUGUAUUCCUACUGCUCCCCGCCGACCCAACCUACGCAUUAAUGCUGUUCUUAAUAGCACAAAUGCAGGUGUUGUUGUUCCAAUUGAUACACCAACUCCAGAAGUAGCAGUUGACAUAGCCUCUGAAGUUCAAGUCGCUGUGACCCCAAUGGAUCACGUCCUUACCUUGUUGGCAGCCAACAAUGUGUUGAUGCAAUCCUUGCAACAAAAUGCAAAAGGAGUGACUGAUGCAAUAACUCAUUUGAAGAAUGGUCUGGAUUUGUCCAACAAGACAAAUGAAUUUUUGAAGAACUCGGCAAUGACCAGCCAAAAUUCCGUGAUGCCUUCUGCUGUACCAGCAGAUUCUUCUUCUUCCAUGGAUGAUGAUCUUGACCUUGGAGCGAAACAUCAUCCCUUGAUUUCUCAACUUAUCAAUAGUUACAUCAAGAAACCGAACUUUGUUAGCACAGACCCGCUCAAAGUUGCUGAGAAUAAUAAUAGAUCAGCAUGGUCAAUGACUGGCAUGUAUGGCAAUAAGUACAACAAGACACUUGCACUGGCUCUCUUCAAGUACCUGAGACCUCAAAGAUGUUGCACAAAUGUGUCAAAGAGUAUCAUUAUAAAUAUAAUAAAGAAUCACUACCAAAAUCAAGUGCGAGUCUUCCGGACCUCAGCAGAGAAGAUUAUGGCUAGAAAUAAAGCUGGAAGAAGACACAACAGAAAGAAGACUCUUCUUGACCAUUGUAUUAUCACGUACCAGACAUACACAGAGGCUAUUCAUGAGGGCAUGAAUCGAUAUGAUUGCAGAAAUAUUCUUUCUAUUGAGAUGAUGUCUGAAGGCAAGUCAGAUGGAGAUAACAAAGUGUGGGCAUAUCGUCCCAGCUGGAGAACUGAUGAGCUCCAGACGUUUAUUAGUAUUAUUGAUGAACUUACUGUUAUCCAUUUGAAGAAAAAUUCAGAAAGCUUGAAAAAGCGCAUCCCUUAUGAGAAAGAAGUGAGCAUUCCCGAGAAUUUGGCAGUCACUUUACCAGAUUGGUGCUUUUCAAAAUAA